AUGGCAACUUCCCAGCAGAUUGCGGACCUCGGUCGCAAGAUCUUCCAGCGUCUCCCGCAGCGCCACACGCCGUCGGGCAACAAGGUGAUCAGCAAGCAGCUCAAGGGUGACAAGGUGGCUUCUUGGUUCAACAAGCCGCUGUUGCUGCGUCUCGGUGGCAAUGACCCGAACUACGAGAUUUUGAGGGAGGAGCGUCUUGGUAAGCUCGACCAGAUGAAGCGGAGGGGCAAGUCGAUUCCCAAGAAAGGGGCAGGCAAGCGGUCGAAGAAGUAA